AUGGAAUACAUGCGUAACCAUCCCUCAUCUAGUGAUUCUUCAGUGGAAGUUGUCACUGCCUCAUCUGAUUUUGAAGAUGAGAUUUUGGAAAAAGAUGAAGUUAACUCCUCUGACCUUAACUUCCUUAGAACCAAUAUCCUUCCACCUCCCAAACCAUUUGUUGAUGAAUUAUUCUACAAAAGGUGGAUUAACUCUCGUUCUUGGGAAUUAAAGGAGAUGUGUUUCAAGGAUGCUCAGAAGAACUACCAUGCUAGACUGAGUGGCUUCAUGGAACCUAUUCAAAUGAUGUUCCAAAAACUUUUGUUUCCUGCUCCUAAAUCAUAUUUUACUAUGGCUUAA